AUGUGUUCUCCUGGACCUGAUGUUUUUCUCCUGGUUGUUCCCAUCCUCAGAUCUUUCACAGAGAAAGAUCUCAAAGCUCUGGUGGAGAUCUUGAAUCCAUUAACAGAGAGAGUGUGGAGACACUGCAUGGUGCUGUUUACCAAAGGAAACUGGCUCAAUGGCCUCCCUGUAGAGAAUUACAUCGUCAGAGAGGGAAAGGAGCUCCAGGAACUUCUGGAGAAAUGUGGGAACAGAUUCCAUGUUCUAAAUCCUAAGAGUUUUGAUUAUUUUAUUCAAAUCCAAGAAUUGUUCCAAAAAAUUAUUGACAUGUUAAAACAAAACAAAAAAUGCUUCAAUAAAGGCAAAGAAAAUAAACAUUGGAUUCUACCUUUGCAAGCAAAACAGAUAGAAAAGGAGUGGAACAGGAGAGAACAGGAGCUGAUAGAGCGAGUGAUUAAAGCUUUAGCAAAUGAACCAGGAGAACCAGCAGCGCCUCCUGCAAAGGCGGCAAAUAGCAUGAAUGACUUUAACAUUCCAGACUUGAGUGGAGAUGUUGGCUCAGAAUAUGGAAGCAUUUCAGACAACUGGAGACGACGAGGACAUGACCAAGUUGCUGAAUGGCUGACCAAGACAGUCAGAGCUUCAGCAAUCAGCUCUGGGAUCGGCAGCAUUUGUUCCUCAAACAUUUGCAUGGAAAACCUUGAUGAAUAUCCUCUCAUAGAUAAAAAUCAUCCACCAAUGACCUCAUUCUCACAAAGUAGUGAAGAAGAUCCUCUGAGCAUGUUCUCAAAGAUUCAACGAAGGAACUCUUGUUAGGCCGAAGAGCUACAGUAGAAAACUUAUUGGAGUUUGAGGACUCAUGAUGCAACAUAAAAACACUAGCUCUGUAAAUCCUAGACCAGCCUUGAUCACAAGACUUUAAAUUUUAUUUAUGCCUUGUCUCAGUCUGAGACAUGUUGAUCUGAGGUAUUUCUCAUGACCAUUCAAGAAUACAAGUGCAACAUCCAUUUAGUUUUUUUUACAGCAAAUUACUGUGCAAGUUUGGCUGCAUUCAAUUUUAUUUUACAAUCAUUAUCGCAUCCAGCUGUGCCUUGUGAAGCAAGAAUGAGAAAAUGAGAAGAAUAUGGAAACAAGAUGAGGAAACAUUAGUAUAAAUAAUUGUGCAUAUGUACAUAUGACAACACAGAGUUGGUAUAUUGAAUAUACCAAGAACAGCUUAGCGCUACAGACAGUUUGUUAGUAUCCAAAUGUACUGAAGAGGAAGAAUUCCUGAUAGUUAUUUAUGACUUGGUUGAGUUAAAACAGUCUCUGAUGCUGUGGAUUUAUAUAUUUGCCACAUUAUCCUGUCUUCAA